AUGUCUACUUCACCCAUGACCGUCGCAUUCCUCGGAGCCAGCACCGGCAUAGGUCUGGCAGCCCUCAAGCACACCCUCGCCGCCGGCCACCAGUGCAUCGCUCUCUGCCGCACUCCCCCCAAGCUCACAGACAUCCUCCCGCCUUCCUCCUACCCCAACCUCAAGGUCCUGCAGGGCAACGCCCACGACGUAGGCGCCGUGGCCCAGCUCCUCCGCAAGGAGAGCGACGGCAACAUCGUCGACAAGGUCGUCUCCACCAUCGGCGGCAAGCCCGCCAUGUCGACCAAGUUUCUCGACGACCCAGAGGUGUGCCAGAAGGGCAUGAGCACGCUGCUCGAGGCCCUGGACCAGCUGCGCAGGCAGGGCGCCACCGGCAGGCCGCACAUCAUCGUCUGCAGCACCACAGGCAUGUCCAAGUUCGGGCGCGACAUCCCCCUCGCCAUGGUCCCGCUGUACCACUUGAUGCUCAAGGUGCCGCACGCCGACAAGAAGAUCAUGGAGGAGAGGCUGUUUGCCAGCGGCGAGGAGUUCACCGUCGUCCAGCCCAGCUUCCUCAUGAAUGGCGAGUCCAACAAGACCAUCCGCGUCGGCAUCGAGGAUCCAGUGCGAGGGCGGGAGUCCACUGCCAUUGGUUAUGCCAUCUCGCGCGAGGAUGCUGGCAGGUGGUUUGCAGAGAACCUCUUGAACAGCAAGAACCCGAAAUAUGUCAACAAGAUUGCAAAGAUCACGUGGUAG